AUGUAUACCCUCUUCCCCGCUUCCUUCUCUGUAGUUCGUAUGUCGAAUCUUGGUUCUCCUUCAAACCAACGCAUAACUUCUCCUUCCACCACCACUAUCGGUUCUCAUGCAAUCGAUCGUCGGACUUCACUCCAGCGCCUCCCAAGGAUGAAGACUUUAUUCCAGACUUUAGCCUCGUCAAAACAUCAUGUAGAUAUAUCUGUUUUACAGAGUUGCUCGAUGGACUUGCCGAUGUCUCUGAAAGAAUAUACGGUCUCAAGAUUAGGGUAUGGCUGCAUCGGGCUUACAGAUACAAAAAGCAACAAACCUGGAGAAUUUCAUUUGUUGAUAUUCUAUUCCAGAUACAAAAAGGAACCACCACCAUGGUUCGAAGAACUGUUGGAAAAACUGACCGUUUGUUUUAGCGGCGAAGAGCUUCAGUUUGUAGAAACGAUCUAUCACAAAGUCAUAAAGCUUCAAGUAGAUUUUUACUCAACUCAACCGAUCAUUCAAAACACCAUAGAUCUAGGGUAG